AUGAGGGAUGAACAAAGGGUGUUGGGUGGGGGAAUCUAUGUCACUGGUGGUUGGGCCCCACAACAAUUCUCUGUUGGAUUAAAUGGACUUGAUGUGGGUGAAGAUUGUAAUAUCUUGCAUAAGUACAUAGAUGCGAAAGUUGCUUCGCUAGCUAAUGGAAAGGAUUCCAGCUGCCAACAAGAUGGUAGUCCUCAAGGUUGCAAAAGGAGGAGAUAUUCUGGACCAGACCUGCCAGAGGACAUACGGCGUCAUAUACGUUUCCUGAUGCCACUGCAAGAUGCUGCCCGCGCUGCCUGUGUGUCUCGUGCCUUUCUAAGUUCCUGGAGGUGUCGCCCUGACAUUACCAUCAGCUGGAAAACACUAGGCUUGGAUAAGAAUUUUCAUGGAAAGGAUGAAAUUGCAAAGGAUUUCAACAGCAUAGUUGACCAGAUUCUGAAAAACCGUUCAGGCAUUGGCUUGAAGACUCUCAAGAUAGAUUUCUGUGAUUAUAAAGCUGACACUUAUUCUUAUCUUAAUAAUUGGCUUGAGAUUGCUAUUACACCAGAGCUUGAAGAACUCACCCUAGAUCUGUUUUCAAGAAAGGCGAAGUACAGUUUCCCGUGCUCCCUUUUAUCUAAUGGGAGAGGAAACUCGAUUCAGCAUCUAAAGCUUGUUUGGUGCGCCUUCAGUACCACAGUCAGGCUAGAUUGCUUGAAAAACCUGACUAGUCUGCAUCUGCGUGACGUGCAUAUUACAGGGAAUGAGCUAGGGUGCCUCUUCUCUAGUUCAUCCGCUUUGGAGCGAUUGGAAUUACAUGGAUGCCAUAGGAUAGUUUGCUUGGAGAUACCUUGCCUCCUACAGCGUCUCAGGUAUCUCAGGGUGUUUGCAUGUGAGAGGCUGAAAGUGAUAGAGAGCAAAGCUCCAAAUAUAUCCAGUUUUCAUUUAUCAGAAUUCCAAGGAAAAUUCUCACUUGGAGAAUCAUCAUUGCAACUGAAGGACAUGAUGCUGAGCAUGAACUGCACUAUCUCCUUUGCUCGUGCCAAGCUUCCAUCCAUCGUUCCAAAUCUUAAAUCUCUUUCCUUAGCUUCAGACUAUGAGGUGCCUAAUACACCACUGGUGUCAAAAACAUUCCUCCAUCUCAAGUAUUUGAGUAUUACUCUUUCUGAAGGGGCAUUUUCCCCAUAUUAUGAUUGUUUCUCUGUGGUUUCUUUUCUUGAUGUUGCCCCGUCCUUGGAGACUCUACUGUUGGGUGUAACACAAUUACGGAUGAAGCAUGAGCCGUUUGUUGGAGAGCCUUCGCCUCAGAAUCAGAUCAUGGGAACCCGCCACAGCAACCUUAAGAGUGUGAAGAUCAGUGGUUUCUGCUCUGCAAAGAGCUUGGUUGAGCUAACAUGCUAUAUUCUUGAGUGCUCUGAUCACGAAAUUAGCAAAUGUCCACCAUUGACCAAGAAUAUCAUCAGGGACUCCCAGAAUGCUCUCCUGGUUAUCAGAGCAUGGAUUGAGGGGAAAGUUCCCCCCUCGGUGAAAUUUAAUGUUCUUGCGCCUUGCAGCAAGUGCCAUAAUGCUGAUGAAGACUGA